AUGCAUCUUUCAGUCCUUACCGUUUUAGCUUCUUCAAGCCUUAUCUCUGCAAGACAUCUCCCUCUACACUCGCUUCAAUCCGUUCGCAAUGCAGGAUUAUCUGGUUGGUCUGUCCAGGCCUCUACUUGUCCGGCAGGCAGCACAUCUUGUGGAGAUACGGCGGCUGGUGCAUGUUGUCCUUCGGGAAUGUUUUGUGCUACACCUGCGAAUUCGGAGGUUGCUGCUUGUUGUCCUUCUGCGGGAGAAUGCAGGAGUGUAAUUGAAGCAGUACCCAAAUGUGCAGAUGCCUCCUGGAAUCUAUGGGAUGGAUUGGAUGGAAAUGCCUUCUGUUGUGAAGUGGGACUUUUGGGAGCUUAUGAUCAUAUUUCUCACCGCGCGGGAACGUGUGUGGAGACUGUUGUCAAGCCUACUACUUCGGCGGUUUUGAGAUCAACUGGAACAGGUUGUGCAGCAACAUCUUCCUCCGUUGCUGCUACGAGCGCUAUCUCUACUACUAUUACUUCGGCUCAGAAAACAUCAACAGUUGUUUCAGUGAAGAGCACCAUUACUUCAGACGCUUCUGCUUCUGCUUCUGCUUCUGCUUCUGCUUCUGCUUCUGCUUCUGCUUCUGCUUCUGCUUCUAGUUCCGCCCAAAUUGUUAGUGAAAAUGACUUAGCUGUCGCUGCUCCUGCUACGAAAGCUACAUCUUCCAAGGCAAUAUCAUCGACCAGUUCUAAGGUUGCAUCAAGUGUAGUUGCAACCUCAAAAUCUGCUUCUACAUCUGCGAUCGCAACCGCAGCCGCAGCGCCUACCGGAAAACCUGUCUUCUUUCACUACAUGAUAGGAGGAAUUAAUGAUACUCAUUGUGAGCAGGAUAUAAUUGAUGCUAUUGCAUUAGGAGUCGAUGCUUUUGCUCUCAAUUUAGCCGUAACAUUAGAUUCUAGCCAUUCAUGGGCAUUGAACGCUGUCAACUCCCUUUUCAAAUACGCUCAAACUCAUAACUUCAAACUCUUUUUCUCCUUCGAUAUGACCGGAUUCAACUCUCCUUCCCAAUUCAUCCCUAUCCUCAAAACAUACGUCACAAAUAGCGCAUACUAUACCUAUUCUGGACAACCCUUCGUCUCUACCUUCAAUGGGGGCGCUUCAUCUUUUACAUUCGGUCAAGACAGCGUAAACGACGGCUGGAAAAACGAAGUCCAAGCAGUCAUGGCCGCAGCCGGUCAUCCCAUCUAUCUCAUCCCCUCAUUCCAAGACGUAGCGGCCACAUCUUCCUUCUUCACCAAGUACCCAACACUAAACGGAACAUUCAAUUGGAAUUCCUGGCCCACCUAUACCGCUGGCGACUCCCCCGUUGACACCAUCGACGACACCAUCUAUCAAAAAGCCGCCAAAGCCGCCGGAAAAGGAUUCAUGAUGGGAUUUCCCCGCUUCAAUUCAAACACAUCGACAGCACGCAAAACUGGUAUCGCCGCGGCGAAGCAAAUCUCGAAGUCCGCUUUGAUCAAGUCCUCUCCGCCCAGCCCGAUUUCAUCGAAUUCCAAACGUGGAACGAUGCGGGUGAAUCGCACUACAUGGGGAAUACGUGGCGGGAACCGCUGUGUGGAAGGCGGGGAAGACGAGCACGCAGACGAUGUAUCCGACGAAUGGGAAGGAUGCCCAGGGACAUUUUGGCAUCAUACGUUGUUGAAGAAUGGAGAUUGUUCGACGGAUUCGUUGGGGUUGGGAAAACCGGAUGGGAUUGGAGGGGUCGAGGAUAGUGUUACGGCGGUGGUGUUGGUGGCGAGUGGGGUUACGGGAAUGAAAGGGAGUAUUAGUGUGGGGGGAAAGGUUUUGGGGACGAAAAGUUUCGAGGCGGGUUUUAAUACUAUGGUUGUGUCGAAUAUUACGACGGGGGCGGUGAGCAUGAGUGUGACGAAUGCGGCGGGUACGGUUGUGGUUAGCGGGAAGGGACCGUUGGAGGUGGUGAAUAAGGCGAAUUUGUGUAACUAUAACUUUCAGGUUGUAGGUUUGAGUUAG